UUUGUUAAACUAAAAUUACUGCAGUAACGAAAUGCAAAACUCAACAGUUACUGUUGAAGGGCCGCAUAAAAUCCAAGGAAUUGGUCCUGGUUUUAUCCCACCUGUUCUCGAUCUUAGCAUCCUGGAUGAAGUUCUAGAAGUAAGGAUGUAUACCAUAUAAAUAGCUUAAUCUUUGUAACAUGUCCAUCUGAAUUAGUUCAUUAACAGAUCAAAGUAUAUUCAUUGUUGUGUCCUCCCUUACGUUUCUAGUGUUGUUGAUUUUUUUGUUUCCACUGGGCUUACUUGAUAUAUUUCCUGGUAUGAUGUCAGCUUCUGAUUUUAUUUAUGUGCAGGUAUCUAGUGAUGAAGCUAUUGAAAUGACAAAGCUUCUUGCAUUGAAAGGCGGCCUGCUGGUAGGAAUAUCAUCAGGGGCUGCAGCUUCUGCUGCAUUAAAAGUAGCAAAAAAGCCAGAAAAUGCUCGGAAGCUUAGUGUGGUAAUCUUUGCUAGUCUUGGGGAGCGUUAUCUUUCCACCGCGCUGUUUGAUUCCAUUCGAGAAGAGGUGGCAAAUAUGACAAUUGAGUAACUUUAUUCUUGUUUGACGGAAAGAUAGUGUAUUCAAGGAACUUAUAUGCCGUAGUAAAAACAACUGAAGUAUAACCUCCUAAACUGGUGAACUGUUUGUUGUUCACGGAUACAAUUGUUCUUGCCAUUUGAUAAUAU